GUCUUUAUCUGCAGAUGCUAUCCAGCCUGCUGAGUAUUUCCAAUAUUUUCUGCUUUGUGCAAUGGAUCUAAACUUGCUCAUGAUCCAAAGCUAAAAGAGAAAAUAAGUAUUGAGGCGGUCACAAAGUAUCUCUGAAGGCCAAGGACAAGUUAAAUUUCUGACAUUUGUCAGGCAAACAAUUUUAUGAUGGUGUUGCUCAGGUUAAACUCCAUCUGCCAUUUGUCCAUCCAUUCCUGUAGUUGAUCUAUAUUUCACUUGGCUAAAGGGGCAAAAAAUGUUUUUGGAGCCAGUUAUGGAACAGCCGAGUUCAAGCAACAGUGGAACAUACAGGCAAAUCGCGAAGUGCCAAAAGAAAUCUGAUUUACUACAAGGAUCUGAGUUUAAGAAGGCCAGCAGUACAGAUACUGCCUGACCCGCCGAGUUCCUCCAGCACUUUGUGUUUUGCAGUACUAUUAACCUGGAAUUUUCACGCAGCAAGUUCACAAGAAAAGAUCAAACAUUCUUUAAAACGAACACAAGUAUUGGAGUCCAAAUGGAAAAAUCUUGGACCUGCCUCAAGUACCUAAUGUUUCUGUCCAAUAGUUUAAUUAUUGCAGGAGGUAUUUGUUUGCUUGGAGUUGGCAUUUGGGUGACAACCAACCCCAAUGGCUUCAAGAACAUUGUGGCUGCAAACCCAUUAAUAUAUACAGGGGCCUACAUCAUCCUGUCGGUCGGGGUCAUUCUCUUCUUCCUAGGCUUCCUAGGCUGCUGGGGAGCAAUCCGAGAGAGCAAACAACUGCUCAUGACAUUUUUGCUGCUUAUUUUGAUCAUUUUCAUCCUGGAAUUGGUCGCUGCCGUCCUUGCAUUAGUCUUCAGAAAGCAGAUACAAAAGGAUUACUUUUUAAAAGAAUUGCAGAUGAAAUAUAAAGGUGACAAUUCUACCGAUGCUUUUUCGAAGACCUGGAACGUAAUUAUGAUGGAUUUCUCCUGUUGUGGUGUAAAUGGCCCUCGAGACUUUGGACAGAAUUCCACUUUCCACUGGCUUUUCCCAAACAGACUGCUCCCCGAAUCGUGCUGCAAGAGGAAUAGGGCAUCUCCACUGGAGCACGUCCUGGAUAAGAGCAAAUGUGUGCAAGGAGACGCUGGCUACAUAAAUAACAAGGGAUGUUUCUCAAUGAUUGCAGAGAAUUUUCGGAGCUACGUUCAUUUAAUUGGUGCCUUCAGUAUAAUAGUACUCUUAAUUGAGGACCUCCGUGGUCUGGGUCUUGGAUGCUCACAUCUUGGCCUGGAUCAUUCUGGUCUGAUAAUCAGGCUACACGGGGAACCUCACAACAUGCAGCUUUCCAGGUCCAGUGACUCUGGGGCUGUUGGUGCCUGGAUCAUUGGUAGUGCAGCUCAGCUGCUGAUGCAAGUAGUGGGGACUUACCAGGACACUGAGCUCUGUAGAGAGCUUAACAUCACCAGGGAGGCCCUGCAGGAUCAAGCCCAGAUAGGCUAA